AUGGGAUCGGAGCGGGCGGAGAUGCGCAAACGGCAGACGCCGGCGAGCCAGGAGACCCCGGGGGCUUCCCAAGCGCCGCACAGCGCGGGCAACCGAGGCUCCAACGCCUGCUGCUUCUGCUGGUGCUGCUGCUGCAGCUGCUCAUGUCUUACUGUUAGAAAUCAAGAUGAAGAGAGAGCAAGGAGAACAUCUCAUGAACUCCAAGCAGAGGGCAUUCCAAACUGCGAGGAAAGCCCUGCUCCGACUCUUGAAGAAGUCAAUGCCUGGGCUCAAUCAUUUGACAAGUUGAUGCUUACUCCAGCUGGCAGAAAUGCUUUUCGUGAAUUUCUACGAACAGAAUUCAGUGAGGAAAACAUGCUCUUCUGGAUGGCCUGUGAGGAACUAAAACAAGAAUCCAACAAAAGUGUCAUUGAAGAAAAAGCAAGGCUCAUUUAUGAAGAUUAUAUUUCUAUCCUUUCUCCAAAAGAGGUGAGUCUGGACUCCAGAGUGAGAGAAGUUAUUAACCGAAAUAUGCUGGAACCCUCCCAACACACCUUUGAUGACGCACAGCUUCAAAUUUAUACUCUAAUGCACAGAGACUCCUACCCUCGGUUUAUGAACUCUGCUAUUUAUAAGGACUUGCUUCGGUCCUUAUCUGAAAAAUCCAUUGAAGCAUAGGAUUUUUUUCUUACAUGUAUUUAUUUAAAACCAAACAGAACUCUGAGCUACACCAAUCCACAGGGACUUUAGAAUUAACCAGAUAUUUACCUGAAGAGAACUCAGGCAAGUUCUCCUACGGACUGAACGAUUUAAACCUCCACAAGGCUCUGAUACAAUCAGCUAACUACAGCGUCUGAUCACAUUCAGUGUUACUUUCCAAAAGAGAACGAGAAGAAAAUAUUGCUCUUCAAAAAAUGCAGUAUUUU